GUCAAAAUAAUAGGAGACGAAGCCACUCCGCAGCUAACUUACGUGUUGUUCGUUCGCUGAGCACACAGUAUUCCAAGCAGUAUGCUGAAAUGGUGAUCAGCUACUGGUAGCUAGCUAGCUGCGUGGGUUUCUUUACGUGUCAAGCAUUUUUGUUUCCCCUGAUGGUCCAUUUCGAACCUGGAUUUAUCGUUUUCUGCCAAGUCUGCCCCAGUUCCAACAAGUGAACUAUGACUUCUGCAGCUUUUGCUCGGUUUGUGAGCUACUUGAUCGCCCUUUGUCUUGGAAUCGGGAUGGGAUACGUAUAUUUCGGGAAUGGAAGUACGAAGCCAGCACCGACUAUGUCCGCGCAACAGUUUGUGCUGAAUACUGAGCUUGCCACACCAUAUAGCCCCAGCGUCACUCGGAUAGUCACGGACCACCUUUUCGAGAGGGUCAAAGUCUUCUGCUGGGUGCUGACGUAUCCAAGCAACCAUGCCACCAAGGCUAAAGCUGUGAGAGACACGUGGGCACCAAGAUGUAAUAAGGUUGUGUUCAUGAGUUCGAAAGUGGAUGAGUUAAUUCCCACAAUCGAUCUGAAAAUGACUGGUGAAGGUCGGGACAAGCUAUGGGAGAAGUCCAGGAAGGCCUGGUACUACACGUACAAGAACUUUGGAGAUGAUUACGAUUGGUUCAUGAAGGCAGAUGACGACAGCUUUGUUGUUGUGGAAAACCUGCGCUACUUCUGCUCGCUGCACGAUCCGAAUGAAGGCCACUACUUUGGACGGGUAUUUAAGCCAAUGGGAACCUAUCAGAGUGGAGGUGCAGGCUAUGUGGUCAGUCGCGCAGCCCUGAAGCAAGUGGGCCCGCUCCUUGCUGAGGAUGAGAAGUGUGCCAAAGGAGUGUGGCAAGUAGAGGAUGCCAAGUUUGGUGCAUGUCUCAGGGAAGUCGGAGUGCCAACUGGAAACUCUCAAGACAGUGGCAAGGACAGAUUUCAUCCAUUUGUUCCCGAACAGCAUCUCAUACCUGGUCUGAUUCCGGAGAAGUUCUGGUAUCGUGAUUAUGUGAUGUAUCCUGCUAAGGAAGGACCCGAGUGCUGUUCGGACCUCUCCAUCUCGUUUCAUUACAUUACUCCGAAUCUGAUGCGCGAGCUGUACUUCUAUAUCUACCGACUGCAUCCAUACGGGGCGCGCAAGGAAGAUGACCUACUACCUGCACCGCGCUUUGUGCGCCCAGUGCAAGAACAAACUGUAGCGGACAAGAAAGUAUCUGCGGUUGCGGCCAGUGCUGACAAGGACAGUGCACAGCCAAAGGACGCAGCAGCCAAGGAAGGCAAAGACGACAAGCCCGCGACUGGUGUCAAGCUGAGCAAUGAUGGCAAGCCAGUGGAAAAGUCGUGAGGCGGAUGUCGUUGCCAACAUAACUACUUUUUCAAAAGGUUUUUGAGCAGCAUGCGUCACAUGUCAAUAUCGUCUGUGGUACAUCUGCGUCCUCGCAAUGUGUCCCAUGCUACGUGGAGCAAGGUCAUCUCUCACACACACUGGACGUGUGUAAGUAACUGUCCUUUGCGUGAAGUCCUCUAGUCGCUCCCUGGAGCUAUUAUAGCAUUAGUAGAUAGCCGUCGUAGAUAUUCUUUUUUUACCUAUUGUGUUGACAGCUUGCUGUGCCGUAUAUUUGCUCUGAUGUUGUUGAUAGGAAAAGUAGUUGUUUUUUCUAUUCUUCUACUGCAUGUACACUGCUGUAAUAUCAUUACUGAAGCUGCUGAAUUCCUUCAUCCCAAUGGACUCGAAAAACUCUUCAGUCACGAUACUUGUUUGGGGUUGCUUGAGAUGUUGCAUUUUAAUUUUUGAAUCCACAAUUUAUGGAAUAUAUUACUACCUACUUUGAAGUAUUUACAAUGACAGUAGGUGUCGGUUA